AUGAAAACUUUUAGGAAGGUAAAAGUAAGGGAAUCAGUGAAGAAAGAGGAAGAUAAAUCAUUCUGGAAUAUGACACCUAAAGAAAGAAAAGUGAUUAAGCUUCCGGGAUUUUUUGAUAAGGAAGUUUAUGAUGUAUUGGAUGGAAAUCCAUGGCGUGCCUCUGCAAUUCCAUUAAAUCAAGUUGCAACAAAUGACUCAUCAAAGAAACUACCAAGUAUGGAAAAGAAUGAACCAGUAAACUGUCAUGAAGAAGCAGCAUCUAAGGAAGUGUGUAAAAGAAUAAGAUUAUCUGAGAAUGGGAAUUCCGAGUUGAUCAAUGUUCUUCGUCAAAGCCAAGACACACUGAAAUCAUUUGUUGAAGCAAACAAUGUCGAGAAAAACAAUGAACAGGAUAAUGACUUGGUUACAACUUUAAAGAAGAUAAGAGAUGCCCUUGGAAGGAUUGCACACAAACUUUAG